AGUAACAAGACGGGACAUUUAAGACAUCGCAACACAGAGAAUCUCAUCUCAGAUGUCUUCAUGCAUAUACUGACACAAACAUCAUUGACUACUUGUUUGCUUGUUGUGUUCUUCUCCCUUUAUUAAGUUUUAUUCAGCCUCAGUCUCGGCACACAUCAAGAAUUACAGACACCGAUACAUUCUUCCACCAUGCACUGUGUGAGCAGGGGGGGCAGCUACCUUGUGAACUCCUACUGCGAUCUUCAGGAGGACAAUCUGUGGAAGAAGGAGAGCUACAGUAGCUGCUGGAUAAAUGUGGUGCUGGAAACAAGACCUCAGUACAGGAUGACGCUGUCAGAGACAGACAGCGUUCACAGAGAGAGUUACAAGCAGCAGCAGGUGGCCCACCUAAUGGUUGAGAGGAGUCCCAGGCAGACACUGAAGCUGGGGACAGAGAGGGGAGUCACAACAGAGUACCAGCUGCCUUUCUUCAACAAGUGCAAAGAACCACAACGUUUCACCCGCACAGAAGAGCCUGUCAUUGUAGGAAAGGGAAAGCUUGAAGCAAACAGAGAGGAAGGCCCCACCAAAACUCAGGACCUCUGCAAGCCAGUCAGAGAGAACUUCAGAGCUUCAAGUCUUAUGUCCGCUCCAAGAGAAGUCUCCCAUCGAGUACAGAGGAGGGUGUGAAGCAAGGAGGGGAAGAGAAAUUAGAACUGCAGCUCUGCAAAUAAAAUCUAAACAGAGUAAUCUAGAUUCUUAUUAUUUACACACAAUUGGAAUCAAGACAGUAAUUAAACAGAUAUCAGGUCUAAUCUGCUAAGCUUGUAUUUAUAUUAUGAUCACUUUUCAACAGUGAAUACAAAAUAUAUUUACAAUAAACAAUAUAUGUCUGCAAACUGCGAGGUAUUCUUGUGAAAUAAAACUAGAUAAAAGCA